AACCACAACUGUUUUUCAAUAAAUACUGUGUAAUUGUAUAUAGAUUAGGCGAUAAAUUUUGCUGACCCGCUAGAAAAAAAAAAACUGUGUUAUGCGUCGAAAAAUAAUAAUUGCAAAAAUUUCAAAUUGAAGUAUUCACCACGCAUUGACGCAGUGAAAAGGAACAUCACCGAAUAAUUGAAAAGAAUUCCGUGUGUUCGCCAUAAAAAACAGCGAAUAGAGACCGGGUGUUGGUAUACAGCAGCACCAGCUCUCAAAGCAAAGCAGCCGUCGUGUGUUGUGUGUAUCUGAAUUCAGAGCGUAUUCUAUACAUAUAUAUAUCGACGAUAUUUUUUUUGUCUCUCAACAAAAAUUUUGUUAUAUUGUCAUUGAUUGACUGAAAAAAAUUCAUCAUGGCGAAGCAAGCGACCGGUGUUGUGGUUCCACGGAAUUUCCGACUUCUAGAAGAAUUGGAACAAGGUCAAAAAGGUGUAAGCGAUGGCACAAUUUCAUGGGGUCUUGAAAACGACGAUGACAUGACUCUCACUCACUGGACUGGCAUGAUCAUUGGACCGCCACGGACUCCGUACGAAAAUAGAAUAUACUCGUUGAAAAUAGAGUGCGCCGAAUCAUAUCCAGAUGAACCACCAAUGAUUAGAUUCUUAUCCAAAAUUAACAUUAAUUGCAUUAAUCAAAGUAAUGGUGUGGUCGAACAUAGACUGGUUCCGAUGCUCACUCGAUGGAAUCGUGAGUACACGAUCAAGUCAACGCUGCAAGAAAUUCGUAGAAUAAUGACGUUGAAAGAUAAUUUAAAAUUGGCUCAACCACCAGAAGGAAGCUGUUUUUAGUUUGUAUAUAAUGGUGCUUAUCACAUAGCAACCACAUUGAAGCGAAAAAAAAAUGAUUUAUAGAGUUCAGAAGAAAAAAAGAGGGGCGAAAAGGGAUAGAAAAAAAACACACACAGAGAAAAAAAUCGAUGCAAAUGAAAGAGAUACGAAUAGGGACAGAGAAAAGAUCAAGGAAGGGGAUUAAGAAAAUUAUUGAUGAUUCAGGAAUGUAUUGGAAUUCGAUUUGAAAUUAAUUUGCAAAAUACUACAAAAAAAAAAAAAAUUUAAUCACACAAAAAUCAAGUUUGAAAAAACACACAUAAAAAAACUUUAAUACUUGAACAUUUGUUUGUUGAUCAACUUUAAUUAAUGUUUGUCAUAAUGAUGAUAGUCAAAAUAAAAAACGAAACAACAACAAUCGCAACCGAAUUUUAUGCAAAAUAGUUGAACUAAAAGUAAAUCAUUUAUUUCAAAUCCUUCUUCUUUCUCUGAUAAAACAAAAAAAAAAAAACUAAAUAACACAUCCAAAAAAUGCAACACAAAUACACUGUUAUAAGGCGAAUGAAGUAAUUUAACCGAACAAAAAGUUUAGUAAUUUGCUUUAGAUUUAAAUAAAUGUUUUAAGCACUAUUUAAAUAACUGAAA